UUCGUAUUAGACAGGACGAAGUAUUAAAAAUUUGACGUUACAUCUACGUCGCAAAUUUGUUCAAUAUUUUUUCUUUAAUAAUUUGACAUGUCGGACGACAGCUAUCUUCUAAACUUAUGGCUAGAAUCAAAACAUAAAAUAUUUCUCGGUUCCGGUACAUUUGGCACAGUAGUAAGCUGCCGUAACGAAUCUACCCGGGAACUCUUCGCCCUGAAGGCAAUGGUUUUCCAGUGCUGCGAAGCAAACAAGGAUGCUCACUCUGCUGAAAUUAACCAUCUCAAAAAUAUAUACUCCACCCUUGCUAAAAUGAAGCACAAAAAUAUCGCAAAAAUUGACAAAUUUAAUCAUUGCCGCCUGGCUGGUAAAGAAAUUCAAAAUUUUUUGCAAGAUCUAAAAACGACGGGAAAUGGUGACGAUAGUGUAAGCAGAAUGAUACGAAGAAUAAAAAGUAUUGGAAGUGUAUAUAUGUUGUUUAUCCAAAUGGAGAGAUGUGGCGACACAUUGGAACAGUAUUUGAGGAAUACUGAGAAAUAUUUGAGGGAUGUUCAGAACCCUGAGCCUACUAUUGCCAAGCAGGAGGUGACGCUGACUGAGCACAACUACCUAGAGAGAAUGAAAGUAGGCAUAAUUAAAGGAUUAAUUAACGGAGUGGAAUUUCUCCAUCAAAACAAGAUUAUACACAAACGCUUACACCCAAGAAAUAUAUACUUCACACACAACAGGAACACUACUUACUGCCUACCAGUAAAAAUUGGUGAUGCGGGCAUUACCAAUCGAAGCUGCGAAAUUCACGAAAAACCAAUAUGUCGUGACUACAUGGCGCAUGAGACACUUGAUGAUGUUUACGAAUAUGGGACGGAUAUCUUUGCUUUAGGAUUGAUUAUUUGGGAAGUUCUUCAGCAAAUUCCUAAAAAAAAGAAAGCCUUCCAUUUUGACAAGUUAACAAACGGCAGAGAGCUUAACUUAAUUUCCGAUGAUAAUUGCAGCAUCCUGCAAAAUGCAUCCCAGCUGAUAUGCAAUUUGACAGAGAGAAAACCAGAAAACCGUAAAACUACGUUUAGUUUGGACGAAGUUCAUUUUACCUCCUCGUUUGCCAGCGACUCAGAUGAGUUGCAGCAUGUUAUAAAGAAUCUGCGGAGGGGAGAUGUAAUACAAAUUGGUCCUGGAAUCUACCACGGAUCAAUUCUGAUUAACAGGGAUGACGUAAUUUUACAGGGAAUCCCUGGUGAGACAUUAUUACUACCUAAUGCAAAAGAUUCAAUAUGUCUACACGUUCAGUCUUCUAGAUGCAUGAUAAGCGGGAUAUCAAUCUAUCAUAAGAAUCAGGUCGGGGUGGGUAUCUUAGUGGUGGGAAGUAAAAAUUGUUUGCAGAACGUGAAAGUGACUAAGUUUGGUCAGGGUGUAGUUAUAAACGGAGAGUCUAACAAUUUAAUAAAAUUUGAGGUAAAUCAAUGUCACAAGGGAAUUUUGAUAAAUGGGAAUGAUAACAACAUUUUCAAAAGCUUUCUUGUCGAAAGCGGACUUGUUGCAAUGGAACUGAUCGGUUCAAAGUGCAAAGUUGAAGAAUUAGUAGUGGAUAAAGCUGACAGGGGCAUCGUCAUUCACGGAGGACACAAUAUAGUUUCUCAAAUUACCCAUAAUCACUACGGGACGUAUAGAGCUAACAGUUUCUGCGUAUGUGUCAUCGGCGGAGAAGAUAACGAAUUAACUAGUGUGAUGUGUGAAGACGGUAGAGUGAAGAUAUUUAAUAACGGACAACGUACCAAGAUUCAUGGGGCAACCUGCGAUAUCCUGAAUUUGAAUGAUACACGUAUCAUGACGAAAUGCAAUAUUACAAAACUACCUCCUAUACAGGCCAAUGUGGAUAAAGCUAAAAUAAUUUGCUCAACUUGCAAGAAUUUUUAUCUACCAAGAUCUGAGAUCUCUGGAUUGAGUACUGACAUACUAAAUAAGGAGAUAUCUAACCCUCUAAAACACCAAAUUAUUAACGUGCUAUAUAAGGACGCUUACAUCCUAAGGAAUUUUGCAAGAUAUGCUGCCAGUUGGGGUUUACCAGAAGAAGUUCUGGACCAAAUGGAUCAUUUAUAUAAUAACCACCGUAACAAAAGAGAAGAGGGCUAUAUACUUAUCAGAGAGAUAAUGAAUGAAUGGACUGGAAGAAGGAAGCGAUCUGUUCAAGAUAUCCUUACAAUUCUGAAACCCGAUUUUGAAAUUGCCCAUGAUAACGUAUACAAACUGGUUGAAGAAUGGACUUUCCUGUCGGAGUGAUUAACGAUAUCGUCGUGAAGAAGUAGAGGAGUUAUUUAUAUAUGUAUAUUUCUAACAUAUGUAUAAUUUAAUUAACGUGAAAAUUUAUGCAUAGUACGAUUAUUACAACUGUUAAGCUUUUUAGAGACGUAUUUGUGUAUCUGAUACCUCAGAGCAAAAAGUAAACUCAUAAACGAAA